AUGAGUAAACAAGCUGAAAUCGGCGUGGUGCCGGAGAACGCCAGCGACGAUGUGGUCAUGGGCGAGAAGCAGGGAACCUCGAGGGAUGUGGAGGAUAUGAAGCGUAUGGGCAAAGAACAAUUGUUCAAGCGUAACUUUGGGUUCUUGUCCAUCUUCGGCUUUGCCAUGAUUCUGAUGCAGACAUGGCAAGCGCUGCUUGGAACCAUUGCCUUCGGUCUCGGUAAUGGUGGAACAGCGGGUCUUAUAUAUUUGUAUAUCAUCGUCGUGGUGUUCUUCACCCUGGUCAAUGUCUCCAUGGCCGAGAUGGCCUCCAUGGCUCCCACUGCAGGUGGUCAAUAUCACUGGAUUUCCGAGUUUGCGCCUCGAAGUCACCAAAAGCUCCUCUCGUUUAUCGUUGGCUGGAUCUGUACCCUCGGCUGGCAAAGCGGUGUGUCGAUUGGAUGCUUUUUGGCGGCAACCGAGAUCCAAGGUCUGAUCGUCCUCAAUAACGACUCCUACGUCUAUGAGAGAUGGCAUGGAACUCUCCUCACCAUUGCCAUCGUGCUCUUUGUCGCUUUUUUCAAUACCUUCCUUGCCAAGCAUCUUCCUCUGGUCGAGGGUAUGGUCCUCUGCUUGCAUGUCGGCGGCUUCAUCUGCAUCCUUGUUCCGCUGUGGGUUCUUGGCCCUCGUGGAGACUCCCACCAGAUCUGGACGGUCUUCGAAGAUGGUGGCGGUUGGGGCUCAACUGGUCUCGCAACCCUUGUCGGUAUUAUCACGCCCGCUACUGCUUUCCUCGGUGCCGACGCCGCCGUCCACAUGGCCGAAGAGUUGAGGAACGCCUCCAAGACUCUGCCGAGAGUCAUGCUCUGGACUUCCAUCGUCAACGGAGGUCUGGGUUUCAUCAUGCUAGUUACUUUCUGCUAUACCCUUGGCGAUCUUGACAGCGUUCUUUCGACUCCGACCGGCUAUCCCUUCAUCCAAGUCUUCUACAAUGCGACCGGAUCCAAGGGCGGUGCCACGGCCAUGUCGUGCAUCCUUGUUCUCUCGGCUGUGGCCAACGGUAUGACCAACAUGGCCACGGCGUCACGUCAACUCUUCGCCUUCGCUCGUGACAAGGGUCUUCCCUUCCACACCUGGUUCGCGAAGGUCGGAACUCGAUUCGAAAUUCCCGUCAAUGCCGUUCUUUUCACCAUCGGCUUCUCUGUGCUGUUCUCGCUCGUCAACAUCGGCUCAACCGUCGCCUUUAACCAGAUUCUGUCGCUCGGUGUCGCCGCUCUGUUGUCCUCGUACUUCAUCUCCAUCGCCUGCGUUACCUGGCGCCGAGUUACCAACCAACCGCUCCUCGACCGAGUCUUUGACCUCGGCCGUCUCGGGAUCCCCAUCAACUUUGCUGCCCUCGCGUUCCUCCUUUUGGCCUUCGUCAUGAGUUUCUUCCCGGGGUUCGCUAACCCCACCCCGCAAACCAUGAACUGGUCUUCGCUGGCAUACGGAACUGUGCUCAUCAUCGGAGCCUGCUACUACAUAUUCUGGGCUCGAUACCACUACGUCGGACCCGUGGAGUACGUCCGCAAGAGCGCUUAA